UCAGCUUUAUCCAAUCACAGCUGAUCACAUCUGUCACGCUGACAUAUCACAUAUAUGCCACAUAUCAGUGCCCAUCUGAGCUGCCUUUCAAUGUCACCCAUCAGUGCCAGUCAGUGCCACCUAUAGCAAUGCCAAUCAGUGCCACCUAUCAGUGAUGACAAUCAGUGCCACCUAUCAGUUCCAGUCAGUGUUGCCUAUCAGUGCGCAUCAGUGCCGCCUAUCAGUGCCAGUCAGUGCCACCUAUCAGUGCCAGUCAGUGCCACCUAACAGUGCCAGUCAGUGCUGCUUAACAGUGCCAGUCAGUGCCGUCUAUCAGUGCCAGUCAGUGCUGCCUAUCAGUGCCGCCUAUCAGUGCCAUAUAUCAGUGUCAUGUAUCAGUGCUGCCUUUCAGUGCCCAUCAGUGAUGCCUGUC